AUGGCACCUUAUUGGUACGAGACCUUUGGCCCUGCAGCUGGUCAGGCCCUUGCCUUUGAGACCUUCAACUUGUACCACGCCAAUAACUGGAUCAUUCUGCCUUCCACUCAGGGUAGGGGAGGACGAGGUUGCAGCUACGUGGAACUGGUCUCCCGUGAGGCAGAAGCCCAGCGACCGCAAUGGUUUGUGUCUCAUGCAUGGAAGGAACCCAUUGUGAACUUUGUCGCCUGCCUCCGGAAGCAUUUGACGGUCCGUGAUCUUGGGAGAGAGAGUCCCUACUGGGUCUGUGCCUAUGCCAACAACCAACACCGGGUGGACGAGGAGAUCCCAGAGGAUCCCCGCGAGAGCGCCUUCUUUCGGGCCAUGAAGGUCUCGGACGGAGUGCUCUUGAUCUUGGACACGCAUCAUGGCUUUUCUGCAGUCGAAGAACGGGACUCCUCUGGGGCCUUGUUGUUGGAUCUGGCCACCGCGUCCGCGGAUGCGAAGGACGCCAGCCUUGUGACGGACGGGCUGGCCGGAGUGGAGACCCAGAUGAUGCCCCUGCUCGGGAUGCUGGCGAAGAGUCAGCGAGAAGCCAGCUUCCCAGCUGAGAUCAUGCAACGGGGCUUGGAGGUACUACAAGUCCAUGCACCUUACAACUACUGCAUGACAAGGACGGAGAUGGACAAUCUGCGAGUGAUCCACCUGCGCUACAAUGCCAUCGACAAAUUCAACAAGUACAACUGGGAGAACGGCUGGAUUUGGCUUCGCGGCCAUACAAUUCACGUGAGGACAAUGCUGACCAUUCCGGAAGAUUCUCCGCACCAUACAAUCUUCGGAAUGGCGCUGGCACACCUCGGACAAUUUGGCCAGUCACAAUUGCCGCCAGAAGUACAAUUGGCUUUGGGAGUCUACAAGGUGGACAUCAAGCAAGCGCAAGCGGCCGUGGCAGAAGAUAAGAACCGCAUCCUGAACAGCAUCAUUUCACGUCACCCAGAUGCCGUCAGUCGGGUGACUGGAAAGGACUUAGCACUCCAGCCCCCGCCAAGCCAUGAAAGCUACGACUUGGUGAAUCGCGCCUUGGCCUCGCACUUCUCGUUGUCAAGCUGGUUCAGCUUCAUGAUGAAGGGACACAACUGCCAGAAUCUCAUGGAAGCCAUCUCAGCGGACCAGGGCCGGCAGAUGGUGCAGUUGUCCAUGACGGGAUGCUUUAGUUUCAAGGACAGCGAUUUGCAAUCACUUGUGCAGUGCUUGCCAGAGAAGCUGCGUGUGCUUCGUUUGGACUUGGCCUUCACAGGUUUGGACUCGCCCUUUGACGGGUCAUUGGAGUUUCCGAGUUCCUUGGAGCAGCUGGUGUUGCGCUUCGCGGGUUCUUUGCAAAGCGUUGAGGGUUUGCCAGCCAUGCUUUUUCCUUUGAAACUGAGCCGCUUGGAACUCUGGCUCUGCAACUUGCCAGCUUUAAGCACCAUUGGAGAGUUGGUACUGCAGCUGAAUGGCUGUCCGCAGCUAUCUUUGGCCAUCAAAGAAGACCUGCACCGAUCUCUGCAAGUUUUGCUCCUGUGGGCACGAGUGAAGCGGCACGUUCACAUUGAGGACGGGGUGGUGGGGAACGACCGUCGAUCCAUCGAAAACCCCCAGGUUUCCACCAUGGGGUUUCCAAGUGGGGUGCUCCAGGACGUGUCCAGUGCCUGGUCAUGUCUUCGAAGAAGGGCUGAUGCCGUGCCAGAGCGGACCCUGACCGUCGAGGACCCCAGCCAGAGCUUUUGCAGCGACGCGGAGAUUGAGAUGAUGUACCCAGUGCUGUGUAUGAUGAUUGCAGAUUCAAUGGGUCUCUCUUUUGGGCUGACCUUUUCAACCACGCUGCUGGUGGUUUUGGCCAGCAUGGCCUACACUUCCGGGCGCUUUGAUUCCAUGCGAGGCGCUAUGCAGAAGUUGUGCUUGGCGAUGGAAGCGAGUUAUUUCCAGGUCUUGCAUACGACGGGAUUGUCCCAACUCUUCGAGGAGGUGGGAGUGCUGGAGACCUUGAAGAGCAAUUUCAUGGAGGCCCGGCGAUGUCGAGGUCUCUUUCAGAAAGUGAUCUGCGAUCCUUUGUCGGUGGAGGGUGUGGUGAAGGCCAAGUUGAAACUGCCCACGGAAAUUGGAACUUUCCCAGGUGCAGAGUGCUCGGUGGACCUUCUCUACUGUGAGGUUAUUUGCCAAAACAUGAGCAGUCUUCGACGCUCUUGGUGUAUCUUAAAGGACCUCGUGGCCUCCAACAACCUGGGCCAGGUUGACCGGAACGGGGACGAAGUCGACGUGGACCUCGACGUGGACCUCGACGACCUCGGCGUGUCGACGACCGCGACGUGUCCCUUGAAGAUCAUGGCGGUUCGUGACGACUUCGUGGCCUUCAGAGGCCGACCGUGUGGCCGCGUGGUGGUGUCCAUCGAUGGCUACCUGGCCACGGUGAUGUUCUUGGAAGCAAAACUCAGUAGGCUUGAUGCGGAACUGGGAGAUGUUUGCCAUUUGGCAGAGAAGGUCGGCUUACUGGAUGAUGUGAAGCCACAAAACUGGGGGGCCGUGAAAGUCCGAGAACCUUUGCAGGGAGCCUCAGCAGAGAAUUUUAGCAUGAAGUUCCUUAGCUGGACAGCCCAAGGUUUGCCAUUCUUGGUGCUUUUGCUGGCCUUUAUCCGUGAUAUCUUCUUCCCGCAGCAAGAACAUGAUCUUUGCUCUACCAUGGUGGUCUAUGAGAAGUGGACGAAACGACUUUUCCCCUGGUAUUCGAUCUCGGUCUUCUGCCUGCUGCUGGCCUUCGUUUGGAGCCUUGAGGUGUAUCCGAUGUGGAGACCCAGCGGCGGGCCCGACCAAUGCCUGCCCUGUAGGCUCUGCGUCUACGGUACCGUCGCCAUUACCACCUACGUUGAUCCAAGCGUCGAACCAACUGAUUGGCGACACUCUUUGGCGUUGCGUGCCCGCACCGAGAGGCCGGAUCCAGUCUUGCUCCCAGACAGAGUUCUUGCCUACGAGAGGUCGCAAGGCCGGGCGGGCGAUAUCUUUGAAGAGUUGAGAUCGUAUCGGAACUUCAACGGAUUGUUGCCGGGAAGUGGAGUUGAGCGCAAGUUCAUUCUUUUCCUCGAAUACCAUCAAGUCAUUGAAGAGGACCUGAUUCAAGCAUUGUUCGUGACUCGUGAGAGGGAAGGUGUGACAGGCCCAAGAGCAGAGCAAUCCGAGAACCCAUACUGCACACAUCAAGCUGAGGAGGAAGCCAACGGCCGAAAGAGCUAG